AAUUUUAAAAAUUGCUCUUGGGUCUGCAGUGCUCAGUUCGUGUAAUAACCUCACUUUAAAUAUUCUCCAGAUAAUAUUAUAUCCUUUUUUAAUUGCUUUUGCAGUUUACAUCACAUCAAAUUACAUCUCAUUUUAAACAAGUCUUAAAUAAAGACUCCUCUUUUUAAACUUCCCGCUUAAAAUCUAGUUAUUUUCAAGUUUGACUUAAGGAGUUUUGAGGUUAAGCUGUUACGUCAUUUUACUAUUGCGUCGUUCCAAAUUCAGUAUGGCUGCCAAAUCGUGUAUUUCUGCUGUGAGAAAGGUUGCUUUACAUCAAUCGCCGGUUCAGUAAUUAUUAUUACGCUGAACGAAAUGAAAAUCAGUGAAAAAAUGAAGAAUAAGCUUCCGCGCUUAGUUUCCUCGGAAUCGGUGAUUUGAGUGCAGUUGAAGUUGACCCAAAUCUCUUAUCGUUUGUGACGUUGACAUUUGACAGGUGGUUUACUGUCAUCCACCUAAUCCUUAUCAAUAAAAGGCUACAUUAUGUUUGCCAGCUUAAAGAACAAAAUACGCGAAGAAAUUGGGAGUGAUGUUUCCACCGUCGUCAGAAAUGCAGGCAGUGUCCGUGGAAUUAAUUCUAAACACCUGUCUCAGACAGGAUCAACGAGUAGUAUUAGUGGAUCUCAAAUUUCUCUCGAUGAAUCUCGAGAGGAAAAUGCAAUAUCGCCUUCACCCCCCGUCUCUCUAAAACGAGAAAAUAGUUUCGAUUUAAAACUCAUUGAUGGCACGCAACUUUCAUCCAAAGAUAUAAAGAAGUUUGAAAAUAGAGAAGAUGAAUGGCGACGGAGAUUUAAAAAAAAAGAGGCGGAAUUGCUUAAACGAAUGGAAAAACGAGACGAGGAAUGGAGAAUAAAGAUUCUCGAGAAAGAAAAAGAAUGGAAGAAAAUAGUCGAUAAACAGGAAAAGGAAAAAGCGAAAAUCGAAGAAGAAAAAAUAAGGGCGGAAAGCGCGAGGCGUUCGUUAGAGCUCUCGUUGGGCGAAGCGGAAGAAUACAAAAAGAAAUUGUACAGUUUCCAAGAAGACGCAGAGCAGCUGGAAGGGUUUCAAACUCAAGAAAUGGCCAAAAUAAAACACCUACUUUUAGCAAAAGAACAAGAAGCGGACGAGAAAUCGCACCACUUAAAAUCCGCACUGACUGAAAUUGAUAAUUUGAAAAAUGAAGUGUCUCGUCUGCGAAGAUAUGAAGAAGAGCUGAAUAAUGUACAGGAUGAAAUGGAAUCAUUGAUCCAUUCUACGCAUCGGGAAAGAGUUGAUAUUUCAAGACAAUUGGCACAAAAGGAGGAAGAAGUGCGUCACCUGAAGGACAAAGUCUUCGUCCUGGAACAAAGAGUGGCCCUAGAAUCUAGCGAUGAUGUAACUGUUGAUGAGAGAGUGGCAGAUUUGAUGAGGGAGAGAACAUUCCUCGAGAGGAAACUCGAGGAGGCUCAUCUUCACCUUUCCGAAAUCAAAACCAGCUGGUCUGGCAAGAUCUCCAGCUUGGAAACCCAGGUUGGAAGACUCUGCAGACAAGCUGGCGAGGAGGGCCUCGAGAGGAGGCGAGUUGAGGAGGAAAGGGAGAAGUUGAAGCAAAAGGUGAAGCAACUCGAGGCAGAAAUUGAGGUGAACAAUGUUGUAAUGGCGACGAAAGACGCCAAGCUUUUGCGCAUGGCAGAGGACAUUGACGAGAUGGCCACGGAACUGAAAGAGCUCCGGGCCAACGUCGAUGACGAGGUCGAGGAGUUUAAACUUCAAAUUGAAUCUUCCUCGAGAGAAAUAAGUGAUUUGAAAUCUGAAAUCGAGGAAGUGACUUCCAAAUUUGAAUCGACAAAAUCUGAAUUAUCCCGGCUGCGAUUAGCCUUCGAAGGAGAGAAGUCGAACAAUUCCUCCUUGCACUUGGAAUUGGCUCGUUUGAGGGACAAUCUAGAAUCGGAAAAAAUUUCAUCAGCGACUUUGAGAGUCUGUUUGGAAAAAGAGAGGGAUGAAAAAGACUCUGCUUUGUUGAGAAUUGCCCGGAUUUCUCAAGAAAUGCAACUCUCGAAACAAGACAGUGGAAGGCAGGAGGUUGAAAAUAUUGAACUUCAGAGUAAAGUCGAAAAGUUAGAAGAAAUGUUGAAAAUUAAGGAAAAAGACGUGGAGGAGUCUUCCAGGGUACAAAAAGAGACAACUCGGAGGUUGAAAGAAUUAGAAGAAACUGAACGAUUGAGAGAGAGAUUAGAGGGAAAUGAAAAGGCACUUAAGGAUAGUCUUUUGGAUAUGGAGGAACAACUUCAAGAGAAAACUAAGACAAUCAAGGUUCUUCAGCAGCGGUUAGCAGAUAUGAAAAAAACUCUUCAAAGGGAAUUGAGAGUACCGUCUUCUUCAUUAGAUAGUGAUGCUGAAACUUCUGCGGCUGUGUUGAGUCUCAGUUCGUCCAAAACCGUCACUGCCAAGCAAAACAAUUCUGGAGAAGACGACGUCAAUUUUGAAUACCUCAAACAUGUUCUCAUCAAGUUCUUAACUAGCAGAGAAUAUGAAGCCCUCCACCUAACAAGAGCAGUAGCAACACUUCUCCACUUUUCGCCAGAAGAAGAAAGAUUGUUGCAAGAAACUUUAGAAUGGAAAAUGUCGUGGUUCGGUACCAGGCCUAAUUUAGGUAUUGGACAAACAGCAAAAGCCAUUCCGCCUAGUUGAUAACAAGGCACUCCACUUUUAGAUAGAAAAAUUAAUCAGAAAAUUCUGUCAAAUGUUUGACAGAAAAAAGAGAGCGAAUUAUACAAAUGCCAAAGUAAGGUUGCUCACGACUUGCGAUCUUCAAAAACCUUAAAAUAAGCUCGAAAUAAAAAUUAUAUUUCAUCCAUCGGUUAGGUAAACAAUUUCUCAAAAGGGCAUUAGCGUGUAUUCCUUUUAAAACCGUUUUUUUUAUCCGAAAGUUACUCGAUUUUAUAGAUGUAGAUCAAUUCUUACACAUAUGGUUUGAAAGACUUUGAUUAAACAAAUUUAAGUUAACAAUAAUCUCGAACAAUUACUGCACAGAAGCGACUAAUUACGCUUUUUACAAAUUAGCGUAUUUUUAUCCAUUUCUAGGGUAAUUUGGAGAGAAAUAUAUUCAAAAAUAAUUAAGAAAAUUAUUGAUUAAAUCUACAUUUAAGGAGUGUUAAUAUAUUUAUAAUUUGUAAAGUGUAUUGAGCUAUUGCGAAGGAAAAACAGUUCUUCGGAAUCAUUGUAGUAAUUCUUCAUUGGAAUGUUUUUCUAAUUGAAUUUUUACUUCCUGAAGAAAAAGACGUAAUUUUAUUUUUAACGGUAGAAGGAAUUAUGCGAUACUGUUUCUACUGCAGUUUUUGCAUAGACUCUGUUGUAAGUUUUAAAUGUAGGAUCAUCCAGAACUCAAAAAUAUUUAUUUAAGACGCGCUAGUACUAGUAGGUUACUCUAAUUAAUUUUAUUAUUGCAUCGUAUGGUUUUUUUAUCAAUCUAGUGAAAAUCAUAGAUAACAGUCAGUUGAAUAAGUCACGUUGAUCGUGCUCCAUGAGGUAUACAAUUGUGCCUAAUCCAGUCAUCAUAAUGCAUUAAUAGACGAAUCAAUUCUCAAAUUGUACAUUAUCAAUUAUUAAAAUACCUUCUACUUAUA